AUGCCCAAUGUCCAAGCAAUCGCCAAGAAGAUGAGCGUCGACUACGUCUGGCCGGACACCAACGUCAACAUCACUUUUCUCCCGCUGUCGAACCCCUUAUGCGCGAACACGGCUUGCCUGGCGUUUGCCAAAGCCAAGAAGGAAUCCCGAGUGAUCAACUCAUACGAUGAUCAGUUUUACUACGGCUACUAUGUUUCCAUCUUCUACGCCAAUUUCCUGGCCGCGAGGGCCUUGAUCCUCAUAUCCCGGCGACGAAUACUAGAUGUUGAGCCACCUCAAAGUCGCCAUCUAUCAUUCUAUUAUACCAUCUAA